AUGCUCGACAACAACAACAAAGAUAAGAGCAACAAUAAGAAUAACAAGGAGAAUAAGACCAUUCAAUCAAUGACAAAGGAUCAUCUGGAUCAGAUAUUAAACGCUGAUCAGAAGAAACGUGCCACAACAAACUAUCAUACUUCAUUCAAAGCAAUUGGGUCACAACUGAUGCAACAGAACAUUAUUGGUGGCCAACGAUACCAACCAUACUCCAAAUCAACAACAACAACCAGCAAUGACCAGAGUGAGAGUAGGAGUAGUUCGACAAAGAGUUCAAAAGGAGUACAACAACCUCAACCUGUUCAGCAAAGCAACAACAAUCAACGACCAGGCAGCAACAACAGCAACAAACGACAACAACAACUACAGCCAAAGAAGUCCAAGUGGGGUGACCAGUUGUCGAGU